AUGCGAAAACGCACUUCUAUCAUUGAAUUACAGAAGAGAGGGAAGGUUUCUGGUCAUAGGGUCCCUCGGGUCGUCCCUGAUCUGAAACAGCCCAAUUUUGAUGAUGGUGUCGCUCCCACUGCUCCGCCUACUAUCCACUCUUGUCCGACACAUUCCGAAGCAGCCUUGCUUACGGUGGACGAGCGAAGGAGGGAGAGGCGUGACCACUGCGAUGCUAUUGCUGCUGCCUCUGUUGACGGAAUCAGUCUUUACCAGCGUUUACUUCAGCAUGGUUUGGCACGAAUUGAUCAACUGGGUGGAUUGACACGACAACGACUCAUUGACAUGGGAGUCACAAGUGCCGAAGCUCGUGCCAGCCUGCUAACAGCGGCUCAAUUGCUCACAAACUCAAGAAUCGAAACCCCGGUUUGCAUAAUCAGUGAAGGCGAAGAUGCAUCGGCAACUUGGAACAGAACCCCAAUCAACUAUGAGCCCAAGAGUCUCUAUGCUCGUGGAGAUAUCCUACUUCCUCGAUCCAAGCACUUUCCCAAUAUCCCUCGAAAUGAUUCCCUUGCCGCUCAGCGGUCAAACAGUCUUGGCCCGAAAUUGCCCAACGAUCUUAAAAUGGCUAUGCCACCGCGGAUCCUUGAGAUGACAGGUAGCAACGUUGGGUCGUUGAACAAAAAUUAUGCACCGGGUGAGAUUUCCUUCGCACGGCCAAAGACCCCAGUUGGAAUAUUACGGAAAAGCUCCAUGCGAAACCAACAAAGUGGUGAGGCUAACAGAAGCUGUCUCCCUGAAUGCGGCCGCAAACGAACAGCAUCCACACCAAAGUCUGUAAAAAUUGACGAAUCCUCGUUGCAGCAUCAAAACUCCACCACGAAUUCUGCCAAUCUAGAGUCUCUCAUUGCUGAACGACUUCGGGUAGAGUGGAUUGAUCUUACCAAACCCCCCUAUACAAAUGCGGCAGGUGAGUCGGGGAUACCGUUACGACUGGUCGAACGGUAUGCUGAGGAGGUCGACAAGGACUUCAUGACAAUCGCAAUGAUUCUUGAGACUCUGCGAGAGCGAUCUCUAACCGGAGCUGGUCUGCAUUUCACACCAAACUAUGAUGAUAUUCGGACCCAGCGCUACCUCAAUUGCAGUGGGAUAAAAACUGACAAUUUAACAGACUUUCUUACAACUAUCGGAUUGCCAAUGUACUCUAAUCGACUGGUCGCGGCUUUGGGUUCAGCGGAGCUUGCACUACCAGCCUGUUUGACAGCUGUCACCGAUGCUCAAAUGGUCUACGGUCUGGACAUUCCACUCACUCAUGUCAGACGAAUUCGCACAGAGGCUGCACUUAUCCCCAAAAGCCUUCUAGCUGCCAACACCUCGAGUAUGCCUCGUAGCAAUGGGCUCACAAAGCAGAUGAUCUUCCGUCGACAACAGCACCAUCACCAUCAUCAACAGCAGCAGUCACAACAACAACAGCUACAGUUCCGACAGGUUUUUUCAAAAUCGGAUAUUUUACCCCCGGAAAGUGGAAUUUUGGACAGGGUUUGA